AUAAUUGAUUUUUUUCAGAUGAAUUCAUGCCUAACUGUUCUAAUAUAGUCGAAAACACAGUCUCGAAUAUUCAUUCCACAAUGAAUUUGAUCAAGGCGAUACGCUUUUGCAUUUUGCUGUAUGUUUUAGGAUAUUCAGUAGGCCGUGACAAUUCAAGUUCGAAUUUCUACCAAGUGAAAAGGUAUCUUCAUACCUUGCUUUUGCAAAAUUACUCCAAAGACAUACAUCCAGUUUUGGAUCAUAAGAAACCUGUAACGAUUUCUGUGGUCGUCUUUCUAAAAGCUAUUAUUAACUAUGACGAGAUAGGAGGAACCUUAAGUAUGUCCCUUGGUCUCGAACUUUCUUGGACUGAUGAACUUCUAAAAUGGAAUCCUGCGUCCUAUCACAAUAUUUCCGCCCUUCGCAUUCCUUCAUCCAAAGUGUGGACACCCCGUCUGUUUAGUCCUAAUGCGUUCGACACCUUUUCUAUUGACACGGACAACUCUCGAAGUGUUGUAUAUUUGUAUAAUGGCACUUCAAAAUAUACCGUCGGAGUUCGUUCUUCUACACUGUGUUCGCCAAAUUCGAGGUACUUUCCGUUCGACACUCAAAAGUGCCUAAUUGAAAUUGUUACCUUAGCCACAUAUUACGAAGAAAUCUUCGUUGCAAAUCACGUAAACGAACACGUGUUUGAAGAGAAUCCAAUUUGGAAACUCGAAAGCAUAAAGCUUUUUGUAGACAAUGAUGAAAAAAUGUAUACAUCAGUCCUACGGAUAAUUAUAAAAAUUCAAAGACGCCAUUCCUUCUUCAUAUUGAACAUAUUUGCUCCCAUAAUAUUUCUAGCCAUUGUCAAUCUGUUCGUCUUUAUGUUACCGGUUGAAUCAGGCGAGCGAGUGUCUUACGCCAUCACUGUGUUGCUUUCGUUUACUGUGUUUCUGUCUCUACUCACAGACUACAUUCCAAAAUCUAGUCUGACAAUUUCGUUGUUUUCAAUCUACAUGUUCACGGUGUUGGCCUACAGUUCUCUGAUCACGUUGAGCGUUGUUAUUAUUUCUGACAUUCAUUUCACAGUCGAGGGUCUGUCUCCGAAAUCUGUCCUCUCUAGAAUGGUAGUGGGAAUUAUGAGGAGCCCAAAGACCAAAAUUCGGAAUGCUGUGAUUGAAGUCACUGCCACGGAUAUUCAUAUUGACAAUGAAGAAAAACAGACAAACCACUCUGACACAGAUUACAAAACAAUAUCUUGUACUCUCGAUAAAGUUUUUAUAAAUGUGUAUGCCAUUCUGUUUGUAUUAAUUACCAUAUUUUUUAUGACAUUUAUUGGUGUGGGACCUCAAGCAGAACAAAACUAAAUCUAUGUAGCAUGCAAAACAAAAUAUACUAUCAGUUUAAUGAACAAAAUGUUAAGUGAUUGAUUGAUAAUGUAUCUUUGUUAUUGUUAUUGCAUUUUUAUCUAUUUCUAGAACUAUAUGCUCAAAAAGUUACUGGAUAUUUUUGUCACUAGAAAUACUAUUCUGCCGCAAGAAAAUAGUUUCCCUUAUAUUUACCCUGAUAAACAUUUUA